AUGGAUUCUGACGACUCCGAAUUUUACGGGAGCCCAGAGGAGAGGCGACAGCUACAAUCUCGCGUUGAUGGAUUCGAUGCCCGUGCCUGGGCCCGGCAACACAGCGUCUGGGGAUUUGGGUCUCCAUGCAGACGCCCAUCCGCUUCGGCCAAAUCUGCAGAGUUGCACAACCCUUACGCCGGCAUAAGCUGCGCGCGGCAGCUCGCCGAGACGCUGGAUGAUUUUCUGUCGAGGUUACCUCCUGCAACUACUGACGCAAGCGAGGAUACGCCUUGGAUUUUCAUAUGCAACCCAUACGUUUCGCGAAAAAAGAGACAUGAUGACGGUGGUGAAUUCAUGAAAGGGAACGAGUUUGAAGCUCCCACAGAAGACGAAAGCCACGUGGGCCUCGUGGUAGAAGGCGGAAUGAAGAGAUUGGAGCUUCUGACAGAGUUCAGGCAGAAGCUAGAGUUGUCAGGCAGAUCAGCCGCAUUGGUGAAACGAGAGCUGGUGCAGGAACAGAGUCAGGCUGUAGCCGAUAUUCUCCGUCUAGCUCAAGCCGGCAAGGUUCGAAGCGGCAAGUGGAUGCUCUUUUGCCCGCCGUCCGACGUCAACGAAGUUUGGGGCCGCGUUGCCAGAGCCACAGCACAUAAUGAGCUGGGUAUAGCGGCCAAGGUAAGCCCAAGGCCACAAUUUGAUCAUGUUCGCAAAGACAGGAUUAUCUGUAUAUACACGAGCGAUUUCCAAGACAAAUCCGACGUCGGCCGUGUCUUGCGGCAGCUGAGAAACCUCAAGCUCGUUGGGCCAGGACGACCGAUCAUAUACUACAAGCCCGAUAUCUUUACCUACAUUGGUCUUUCGCAUGGAAACCCCUGGGGCCUCGCCGCUUCGAUUUACAAUUCCAAGACAUUUGAGUCGUAG